UACAGCAGCUACAACGGUAGCACAUUCAACUAAACCAGCUCCACUGGUCCUGCCGCUUACGAUCAAAGUCUUCCCUUGGAGAAGAUUUUAGCUUAUUUUAGCGAUUAUCCUUAUUCAACUUUUCCAAUGUCUCAAAUAAAUCACUCUCCUCCCAAAACCCCGCGUCGUCCAAUUAUGGCUAUCGUCAACGAAAAACUCGCAGAGAAAUCGGCCGCCAGAGGUAUUCCAAGUACACCAGCUUUAACCCCUUCUUCUUCCAAGCUACCUCAAAAAAUUCGUGGUGUUAGUUCAAACCUGCUGUCUACUAGUAUUCAAGUUCCCGCCACGCAAUCUCCAAUCUCGUCACCCCUCAGGAGCUCACACAUACUAGAACAUAACGAUCACGCCGACGAUGUCAGUCAAGAUAUAGACAUGAUACCACAAGCAGAGCCAGGCGCAGGAGACGAGACGGUCAUUAGUAUAGACAAAUCAGAUUCCAAGAGAGACCUCGCACCAAUGAACUGGAGUGGCUUUGAGCAACGCUAUGCGGAGGCUAUCAAGGAAUUGAACGACAAGGAGGAUCAGUUGAUUGAGGACUUCAACCAUCUUUCCGAGGUUGGUCUCUUGAUAUGAUAUACAUCGUCAGCUCUAAUUCUUUAAAGGCAUUUACAAUCUGGGCGGAUUCUUCGGCAGAGCGAGAUAAUGGGAGGGCAUUGAAACGGUAAGUUGUAUUUUAUAUUUCAUAUUUUAUAUCGAGCUACUAACUAACAUUUACUUAGUUUAAAGACGAGAGAGAGAUAUGUGCAGAUACAAGAGAGGUCAUUGGAGGACAAAAAGUUGCAUUGUGAGUCGCUCUUCUAGCAUUUUCCUUUUCUAUGCUGAUUUGGCUCUCAGAUACGAAAGUUGUUGAGGCAUUCAAGCAGGCUCUCCAAUUAUUUGGAGAAUGACUGCUCGUUUUGCUUUUCAUUUUUACAUGGUAUAGUAAUAUGGUUAAUUUCCGGGAAGCCAUAUUUUUGCUCUAUUUGGCUGGAACAUAGGCGCAACAAUGGGAAUAGGCGUGGCAGAGGUUCUGAAUUUCACGGAGGCCAUAUUUUUGCUUUAUCUUACUGGGAUAUAAGGUGCAACAAGGAACUAUUUGUGGUUGAUAUUGCUAAGAUACCCUAUUUCUGUUUGUUCAUAUAUUACGAUAUGAGCUUUUAUAAACUUCCCAAUCGCAAUUGCAGUGGUAUUUUCGAUUCAGCAAGACAUACUUAUUUUUUCCAUGUCUGAAGUUGCCAAUGGCCC